AUGUUUGAUACCAUAAAUACAUGUAUUCAGAGAAAAUUUCCCUCAAAACUAGGUGGGAAGAAUCAUGAGGAUGACUCACAAAUGAUUAGGAGGAACGAUGUAGUAAUCAUUGAGCUGUUGAUAAAAGGAAAGAGGGCCUUUGUUUCAGGACUAAACUUGCCAGUUCUUGUGAUAUAUCAAAUAAAGAACAUGAGUAGCAUCUCAGAUUCUAAUCACAGACCCUCUGUUGCAGCAUUCCCACAUGGUCCUCCUCGUCACCAUGGUUUUGGGCCUAGGCAUGGCCCACCCCAGCUAGGCCCACCCCAGCGUGGCCCACCCCAGCAAGGCCCACCCCAACAAGGCCCACCCCAACAAGGCCCACCCCAGCAAGGCCCACCCCAGCAAGGCCCACCUCAGCGUGGCCCACCCCAACAAGGCCCACCCCAGCAUGGCCCACCCCAACAAGGCCCACCCCAACAAGGAGGCCAACAGCAGAACCAAGGCCCUCAGCAAGGAAACCAGCAAGGCCCACCCCAACAAGGAGAUCAACAGCAGAACCAAGGCCCUCAGCAAGGAAACCAGCAAGGCCCACCCCAACAAGGAGAUCAACAGCAGAACCAACGGCCUCAACAAGGAAACCAGCAAGGCCCACCCCAACAAGGAGAUCAACAGCAGAACCAAAGGCCUCAACAAGGAAACCAGCAAGGCCCACCCCAGCAAGGAGGCCAACAGCAGAACCAAGGCCCUCAGCAAGGAAACCAGCAAGGCCCACCCCAACAGGGAGGUCAACAGCAGAACCAAGGCCCUCAGCAAGAAAACCAGCAGGGCCCACCCCAGCAAGGAAGCAGACCUCAGGAAUCUUCCCAGGGCCAGGAUGCUCAGUAA